GACACCGUCAUUGCCGGUUGUGUAUGUGUGUAGAUGUUAUUUAGUUUGGACAUAUGUGCGUGUAUAUGUGUGUGUGUGUUAAGGAAUUUUUACUCAACGUGUACGUGAUCCCCGCUUGAAACCCCUCGCCGCCUCACCCACCCAAUCCUCCUGCCAUCGUCACUGUGGGCGUGAAACAAGCUUUUUGCGUUUUAACACCAAAAAAAAAACACAAAAAACAAACAUUUAAUAAACAAAAGCACACAAAAAACAUAUACAUACAUAUAUAUAUAUUUCAAAUUAGCCACGCUAGUUGUUUUCUGUUAAUUCAAUUAAGUGCAAAAAAAAAAACAAAAACAAAGACCACAGUUCGAACAAUAGAAAGUUUUUCUGUGUUAAUUUGCUUCAAAUGGGCUACCAAAACGCAGUUUAAUUAACUCAGUUAACAAAAAGAAAAAAAAAGAAAGUCCAAAAAAUCUUACACAAUUGGACCCAGGGCUAAGCGGAUCACGCGGUUAACAUAGAAAAAGACAAUAAAAUCUCUUUGCGUACUUUAAGUUUCAAUUCCAAUAAGCCACAAAAAUGACGACUGCGGCGAAAGUAAUCUUGGCCAGCUGCCUGAUCGCUGCAUUCGCCAUGCAAAUGAGCUCGUCAUCAGCCAUACCCAUUUGGGAGUUUUUAACACGCAAUGAAAAGAUGUCUUACCUGUAUUCCACAUUUGCCCAACUGGUUAGCGUGCACUGCAAGUCAACGGCCGGAGCUGUGGGCGGAGCCGCUGUGCCAGUGAAUCAAUGCAAACAUAAUCUCCUGGGAUAUGGCUAUGAGAAAUUGCAGACAUUCUCCGAUGCGCAGCUAGAGUCACUGGAUCCCUAUCAACGCGAUGCCAAUGAGCUGAUCUGGUCUUCAAUAAUGCGAGAGCAUCCGAGUGCAACUUUGAUAACGACACGGAAACCAUUGCCCACUCCGCCAGCCUCUUCGUUGAUCAUUCUCAGCCAGAAGCAAGAGCAGCCAUCCCAGAAUCCUCUCUUUGCCAGCACUGGCAAUGAGCAGAAAUUCCAAUAUGCCAUGGAUAUGGAUAUGGCAUAUGGUUAUGGUGCUCAGCCAGACAGUAAACCACCAACAUCACCCUCCAUGAGCAGCAGUGAACUACCCCAAGCGGCUGCACUUACGGGUGAACCACCAAAAACCUAUUUGACUGGCCCGCUUGUGAUACGUGUGCGUCCAGAUGGCUCACCCGUUGAGGAGGACAAGAAUCGCCCCUUGCCACGUGAUGAUGAUCUGGACAUCUUUCGCCUGGGCACAGCAGCCGCUGUGGGUCGUCCCAAUCGUCAUCGCAAAAUAGCCACAAUUAGUGCCUUGAAGCAGCAGCACUUUGCCACCGUCUUGCAGAGGGAUCUUCAGCCACCCUACCAGGUUCAGCGUCGUCAAUUUCGUCAGACAUCCAUGCCCAUGAUGCCCGUAUCCCAGGGUUAUUACUAUGGACCGCAGGCGUAAAUUGUAUAGCUUUAGUUUCAUUUAGAUUUUAAGCCUAAGUCUUAUGUUUAAAUGCGUGAGAGAUUUCUGUAUGUGAUAUGAGUGUUAGAAUGAAUGAGAACAUUAAUUAAUUUUUUUUUCCAAACAAAUGGCAAAUUAUGUGUUUGUUUUAUAAGUUUUCUUAAGUAUAAACUUAAUUUAUUUGUGUGUGCACUAGACCUAAGAGACAACAGAGAAUGACAGCUAGAAAGAGAGAUUCUUGAAUAAAAAAUUCCGACAUUAUGUUUAUUAACAACAACAAAAAG